UGCAGAUUUGUUUGUUUUGUUUAUUUGGCCAUUUGGUUUGGGGUUUCCAAUCCUCCUAAUCCAUGACGCAGUUUAGCAAGCAAGUUCAUUAGUUACUCACUAGAAUUAGUGCAUUUUUAUUUUACGUUCGAGAUAGUAUAGCUAGAAAACUUAUAUUACACCAGGUGAUUAAAACUGCCCUAACAUGAAGUAUGGCCUACCAAGAGAUGAAAAACCGAAGAAGAGAUGGAAAGCCAAAAUUGAAAAUGAACUUAGGGAUCUGCAAAUGGAGGUUUGCUUCCUUAAAAAGAAGUUAGAAGAGACUAAUAAAAAAUUAAUUGAAUCUUCAUCAACACGACCACAAGUCCAAUCAACUUUUACCGCAGGUAAAGAUUGCAGUUAUCAAUCGACUUGGGAUUAUGACAAAACAAUCGCAAGAGCUGUAAGGUUUCACAGCAUCACUUUCAUGGAAUGCUACAAAGAUGAUAUAUCCUUUGAAGAACUGCGGUACAAAGAUUAUGAUUUGAUAGGGACUCAGUUUUUGGACCAGAUUGCUUCUAUUUCAUCUGAUAUGAGUGAUCAAAACAACUGUAAUCCUGCUUGUACCAAACCAAAAGUGAAAAAGUCGUCUGAUAUUGGAACAUUAACUGAUCAUGACACCUGUUCAAACCAUGUGUUACUUGAACUCAGAAAGAUGAGCGAGAAUAUGAAAUCACUACAUGAUAGAUUUUCUAAAUUUGACUGUAAUCUAUCAGAUCUCAGUUCUCGUCUAAGUAUAAUGGAUUCUCGAUUGUCUACUAUUGACAUACACUUUACGAUGCAAAGGUUUGAUAAAAAAUGGCAAGGGUUGGAAACAAGGCUAACUGAACUUGAAACAUCUUCACCGGCUAAGGUGCUGGCACUUUUACAUGACAAAAGUACAAAAAGUCCCUUAACUAAAGCUUUUACGGAAGAGCAAAAUGCAAGAGAAGCAAAUAAAAUUAGUAAUCCUUCAUUUCAUGAUAAUGAAGUCAAAGAAAAUCUACAAACUUCUGGGUUUGAAACAUCUGGUGUAACUUUGAAAGUCCCAAUAAAAAACAAAGCAGAAUCAUUCUCUUCGAUAAAUAUCUCAGACAUGAAUCUUGCAGACUUUGUUAAAAGUAUAUCUUGCGCAGAUGUUACCUUGGGAAUUAAAAGUGGGAAUGCAUCCACUAUAGCAGAUGCCAACAUUUCUUCAGAAUGUUCAUCUAAGAAAAAUGUUGGAAUGCCAUCAAUUGAAAUGGUAGAUUUAAAAUUAUUUUCCUCACUUCCUGAAGAAUCUUCUUUGGUCCAAAAUUCAAGCCAGAAAGAUAAUGGGCCCUCAAUAAACAGCUCAAAAUUAAAAUCAACUCCUGUUAAAGUAGUUAACAAGGUCCAACAAGUUACAAAUAUGAAUAGUUAUAAGAAGAUGGAAGCAAACAGUAUGGCUAUUAGCAAUACAUCUUCAGAGUUUCAUGAAGAAACCGAAAGAAGUAAACUGGGUAAACUCCCAAGAGGCUCCCUUGGUGGCAUUAGCAACAGCAGCAUCAUUGGUCCAUUGUUAAAUGACCCUCUAGGAGUAACUGAACAAAAUCUAUCAAUAUCAGAUAUGGAAGACAAUAAUAGUUCAGAUAAUGAGUUUGUCAUUGUUGAAAAAUCAGAUGUUGAGGAAUCAAUGCAGGAAGUUCCCAAGACAAACACGUUGUCACCAAUAUUAAAUGAAGCAGCAUCAAGUCUUGGAUACAAUGACAUUACUGAAUAUUUAGAGAUAAACUUGGGGAAAAAGAAAAACCUAGUUUACGAGUUUGGAUUUGAAGCUAAAGCUGACUGUCUACUUACAUCGGAAAAUGAUGCUACACAAGGAAUUAAGUCAGAUGGUACUUCACAAAUCAAAGCUCAAACACCUUCUAAAGAAGAUUCUUUUCAAAAUUUCAAAACAAAUUUUAUGGGAAGUCAGUCAGUUGAUGCAAAACAGAGCUCUCCAUUUGAUUUUUGUGUUUCAAAAAUUCAAAACAAAUUGCCAGAAAGGAGCACAGCAAUACAGUCUUGACAUUUGAUCUUAGGUACAAGUUUCCUUACAAUAAAGCCACUAAUGUAAUACAAGACAUUGUCCUUAUAAUAUGAUCGUUCUUUGCUGUCAAAUAAAAGAGACAUAGCAAUGACUUCAUCGUCAUUUUCUUCCUCAUUGUCACUGUCAAAUCUCAUCUCACUACUUGAAUCGGACAAUGAGAAGGCAAAAUGGUGAACAUCUGGAUCAAGAUCCAAACAAUUACCUUGACCAGAUGGUCUAACACUGUUUCGGAAUAUUAAUUUUCUAACCGACCAGGUAAAUUGUUGCACAUUAGGAUUGUUGUUGUUACCAUAUCUACUUCGAAUACAUGAAAAAAUAGUUCUAAAUGGUCUUGUGAACAUUUGUACGUUAGCAAGUACUUUAUUGUGUUUGUGGUUAACAAAGAAUCUCUUAACAGUCUUACAGCUUUGAUAUCACUUAAAAACCCAAGUGCAAAUGUUGUCCUUGGAUGAUCAAGAAUAUUUAUACCGUUAACUUUAAGGAUAGAUAAGUACUUUUCUGCUUCUUGUAACAUACUCUCAUCCCUCUCUAAGUUAACAAGUUUUACGGGACCUUUAAAC